AUGGCACCCUUGAAAGUCCUCAUCAUCGGCGGCGGCGUCGCUGGCCCAGCCCUGGCCUUCUGGCUCUCCCGGAUCGGGGCACACAUCACGCUCAUCGAGAGGGCUCCCCACAUGCGCGCAUCGGGCCAGCAAGUCGACAUCCGCAACCAGGGCAAAGCCAUGUUGAAGAAGAUGGGCAUCGAGGCCGCGGUGCGGGCAGCGUGCGUUCACGAACCGGGCGCCCAGAUCAUCGACGUCCGGGGUCGCACGCACGCCUACUUCCCCGCGACCCGCGACGGCGCCGGGCGGCAGAGCUUCACGUCCGAGUACGAGAUCAUGCGCGGCGACCUGGUGCGCAUCCUGUACGGACUCACCGAGGGACAGGCAAACGUCCGCCACCUGUUCGGCACCACCAUCGACAGCUUCACGCAGGACGACGAGGCCGACCCCCACGGCAAGGUGCACGUGAGGUUCCACGACGGCCACACCGAGGACUUUGAUAUGGUCGUCGGCGCCGACGGGUCGGGCUCCAAGACGCGCAAGAUCAUGUUGGGCCCCGACGCUCCCGAUCCGCGGCACCCCCUCGGCGGCUACAUUGGGUAUUUCAGCAUCCGGUCCACCCCGGCCGAUUCGGACAGGGCGACGUUCUGCCCCCUGCCAGGGCCCCGAGUGGCCCGUAUGAUCGGGACGAGGAAGGACUGCGCCGAGCUGACCCGCGUGUACAUGUUCCUGCUGGGCAAGGACGCGGCCGUCGACGCGGCGUACAAGUCGGGGGACCUGGCCGAGCUGAAGAAAGCGUGGGCGGACGUGUUCCAAGGCGGGGGGUGGGAGUGUGACCGGUUCAUGGACGCCCUCCGCCACGCCCCCGAGGCCGACGACCUGUACUGCUCCCCGUUCGAGGAGGUGCGACUGCCCGAGGAAGGGUCGUGGUCGAAGGGCCGGGUGGUGCUGAUCGGCGACGCGGCGCACUGCCAGACGGCGGGCGGUCUGGGUUCCACGCACGGCCUCCUCGGCGCCUACGUCCUGGCGGGCGAGCUCGCGACGCAGUACGCGCACGACAAGUCGCUCCCCACCGCGGCGGUGGUGCAGGCCGCGAAACAGUACGAGAAGAAGUUCCGACCAGCCGCCACGGCGACGCACGGCAGCAGCGAGGGAUUCGGAUGGCUCUCCUUUCCCCGGUCGCGCGUCGGCAUCUGGGUCGUGCUCCUGCUCGCCAGGUUUGCCGCGUACUUUCGUCUCGAUCAGAAGUUUGGCUUGUUCGGCGAUACCUGGGAGUGGCAGCUGCCGGAGUAUCCUGCCCUGGAAGAGGGCGUUGAUUGUGUUGAUGGAUGCUCUGGGGGGAGGAAUCCAUGA